AUUCCAUCUUUUCCCGCGCGCGAGAAAAAAAGGAGGGAAGAGAGGAGAGAGAAAAGAGGGUUUUUUUUUUCUUCCUCCUCCCAAAACCCUAAUUCUGCAUUGGAGAUCCUCAGCUGGUGAUCGAUUGGAAUCCGAUCUUUAUUUUCCGGCAACGAUUUGCUGAAAAGAUCGAGAUAUCUUGGCCAUUGAUCUGAAAUUAGAGAGAUUUCGGGGAGAUCCAUUGGCUCUCAGCCUCCCGAUCGCUUUCCCGCGCUUUUUUUCUGUCUUCCCCAGAUUUCAGGUAUUUUUCUCGUUUGAUGGCAGUAGUUUGGCUCGGCUUUGUUGGAGAUCUGGUUUGAGUCGAUGAGUCCGGGCACUUUGAAGAUGGACAAUGUUAAGCCGUCGAUUUCUUCGAACAAUUCGACUUCUGAUGAGAAUGGCGCGAUCGAAGCUCGGUUCGCAGAUCUGUGCAAGUCGGGGCUGUCGCUCGAUGAAAGCAUAUCAAAACAAGCCAUGAUUCUUCUCAAAGAAAGCAAGCAUCUCCUGUUAGCGAACAUGUCGGCGAUCGGCAGCGGCACCCCUGAAGAGAUCGAACGGUUCUGGUUUGCUUUUGUUCUGUACUCUGUUAAGAGAUUGAGUGAGGGGAAUGCUGCAGGGAAACUGAAACAGGAGAAUGAAGAGAGUGGAUUUAGUUUAUGUCAGAUAUUGAGGGCUGCUAAGCUGAAUGUUGUGGAUUUCUUCAAAGAGAUGCCACAGUUUUUCCUCAAGGCGGGCCAUGUUCUGAGCAAUUUGUACGGUGCGGAUUGGGAGAAGAGGCUUGAGGCGAAGGAGUUGCAGGCGAAUUUUGUGCAUUUGACUCUUCUAAGCAAGUACUACAAACGUGCAUACCGGGACUUCUUCUCCACGAUGGAUGUAAAUGGUGAUAAACCCUCUACUAUUGCCGGCAAUGCAGGCUAUGUGUCUGAUUAUCAUCGUUUUGGCUGGUUGCUGUUCUUGGCACUACGUAUACAUGCAUUUAGCCGCUUCAAGGACUUAGUGACCUGCACAAAUGGUUUAGUUUCAAUACUGGCUAUCCUGAUUCUUCAUGUUCCUGUACGCUUCAGGAACUUUUCUCUUCGUGAUUCCCCAGUCUUUGUUAGGAACAACAAGGGUGUGGACCUCAUUGCAUCGCUUUGUAUCAUUUAUCAUACGUCAGAAGAUGAAUUGAGGAGAACAAUGGAGAAAGCUAACAAUUUAAUUGUGGAUAUUUUGAAAAAGAGACCUCUUUUGGCUUCAGAGUGUAAAAAUGAGAACCUAGACAAUAUUAAUACAGAUGGUUUGACUUUUUUUGAAGGUCUGUUGGAAGGGGAAUCUUUGUCAUCAACUCUGCUAAUCCUAGAGAAGGAUUAUGAUGAUGCAAUUCGUAAUAAGGGUGAAAUUGAUGAGCGCGUGUUUAUUAAUGAGGAGGAUAGUUUACUUGGUACUGGAAGCUUAUCUGGAGGUGCUGUGAACAUCUGUGGUUCCAAGCGGAAGUUUGAUACAAUGGCCUCCCCAGCAAAGACAAUAACAAGCCCUCUAUCUCCCCCAUGUUCUCCUUCCGUCUCACCUGCAAAUGGCAGCUUGGUUGGUGCUAACUUGAAGAUGGCACCUACGCCAGUAAGCACCGCAAUGACGACUGCAAAGUGGCUUCGGACCAUCAUAUCUCCACUUCCUCCAAAACCUUCACCAGAACUGCAGCGGUUCCUUUCAUCAUGUGACAGGGACCUAACUAACGAUGUUACACAUAGGGCCCGGAUAAUAUUGGAGGCCAUUUUCCCAAGCAGUCUUGGAGAACGAUGUGUUGCUGGAACUCUGCAGAGUGCUAACCUGAUGGAUAAUAUAUGGGCAGAGCAGAGAAGAAUGGAGGCUUUGAAGUUAUAUUACAGGGUUUUGGAAGCAAUUUGUAAAGCAGAAUAUCGUAUUUUGCAUGGUAGCAACUUGACCUCUUUACUAACCAAUGAGAGGUUCCAUAGGUGCAUGCUUGCUUGUUCAGCAGAACUGGUUUUGGCUACACACAAGACAGUUAGCAUGUUGUUCCCUGCUGUUUUGGAGAGAACUGGUAUUACAGCCUUUGAUUUGAGCAAGGUGAUUGAGAGUUUUGUGAGACAUGAAGAAAGUCUUCCAAGAGAGUUGAAGCAGCAUUUAAAUUCUUUGGAAGAGCGACUAUUAGAGAGCAUGGCAUGGGAAAAGGGCUCCUCAUUGUACAAUUCUUUGAUUGUUGCCAGACCAGCCCUUUCUGCUGAAAUUAACCGUUUGGGAUUAUUAGCAGAACCAAUGCCAUCAUUAGAUGCAAUUGCAUUGCACCAUAACAUUUCCAUUGGAGGAUUGCCACCUCUGCCUCUGAAAAAGCAUGAGAUCUCACCAGAUCGCAAUGGCGAUGCCAGGUCCCCAAAGAGAGUGUGUGGUGAAUAUAGGAGUGUGUUGGUAGAACGCAAUUCCUUUACAUCGCCGGUGAAGGAUCGUCUACUGGGUUUUAACAGUCUCAAAUCAAAGUUACCACCUCCUAUGCAGUCAGCUUUUGCAAGCCCUGCACGGCCAAAUCCUGCAGGAGGAGGGGAAACAUGUGCUGAGACGGGAAUCCAUGUCUUCUUCACCAAGAUUGCAAGGUUAGCUGCUAACAGAAUCAAGAACUUAUGUGAAAGGCUACAAUUGUCUUUGCAAGUCAGGGAGAGUGUUUAUUGUCUGAUGCAACAAAUCCUUAAUCAGCAGACUACUCUUUUCUUCAAUAGACAUAUAGACCAACUUAUCCUGUGCAGUGUCUAUGGGGUUGCCAAGAUUUCUCAAUUAAGCCUUACCUUCAAGGAAAUCAUCUACAACUACAGAAAGCAACCACAGUGCAAACCACAAGUUUUUCGCAGCGUCUUUGUAGAUUGGCCAUCAACAAGCCGCAAUGGGAAAAAAGGCCUGGAGCAUGUUGAUAUUAUUACAUUUUACAAUGAGAUAUUCAUUCCAGCCGUAAAGCCCCUGCUGGUGGAGCUUGGCCCAUCUGGAUCUACUCCUAGAAACACUCGGGUUCCUGAAGAUAAUAAUAAUGUUGAGGGUCAAUGUCCAGGUUCCCCUCGGAUAUCUCCAUUUCCAAGUCUACCUGACAUGUCUCCCAAGAAAGUCUCUGCAGUGCAUAAUGUCUAUGUGUCUCCUUUACGAUCAUCGAAGAUGGAUGCUUUGAUUUCAAGCAGCUCUAAGAGCUACUAUGCUUGUGUUGGCGAGAGCACUCAUGCUUACCAGAGCCCCUCCAAAGACCUGACUGCGAUUAACAACCGCUUGAAUGGUCGGAAGGUCAGCGGCAGGCUCAACUUCGACGAUGUCGGCUUGGUCAGUGAUUCGCUCGUUGCAGGCAGUCUCUACCCUCAGCAAAAUGGCAGCUCUGCCUCGUCGUCGACGUCUGCUGUGGCUGCCUUGAAUGGACCCGUGAAAUGUGAGCAACAUGACCCAUAAACCUUCUCGGGGCGUCAUUAUCGAUAAAUUGUAUGUAGAGCUGUUAUAAAUAUAUAUGCUAAAAUUAGAUCAGUUCAAACUAACAUAAUUUAAUAAAAUCUUGUGUCCUUGUGCUGUUGUUGAGGUUGUUGAUUUUCUUUUAUAUUUGAAUUUCAAGAGGCUGUGUUUUAUUCACUGCUGUUGAUAUUUGUAUAUAUGGUUAAUCACGGCCAUUGUGCUAUGUACUGUUUGCUGGAAUCUGCUUAUGAAGUCAAUUCUCAUCUUAUUUGUGUUUUUGGUCC